CGCGACAGCAACAUCAAUCGGAUCCUGGUCUGCGGUGUUGUGUGUUGAGAUUGUUUACAUCCAAUCAAAAAAGUGAGAAAGAAAGUGAGCUGCUGCAGAGAUGGACUCCGCUGAUCAGCUGGCAUCUAAAGGGACAUUUCAAGUGCUCAAAUUACCUCUGGGAUUUAUCCGCGUUUUGGAGUGGCUUUUUGCCAUUUUUGCUUUUGCAACAUGCGGGGGCUACUCUGGGCAGCUACGGGUUAGUGUGGACUGCAUGGAGAAGGCCAGCAGCAACCUCAGCAUCCCCAUCGACUUUGCUUAUCCCUUCAGGUUGUAUCAGGUAUCCUUUGAGGCUCCAGCGUGUGAGGCCAUGAGGAGGGAACGCGUCUUCCUCAUUGGAGACUUUUCAUCCUCUGCAGAGUUCUUUGUCACCAUCGCAGUCUUUGCCUUCCUGUAUUCCCUCGUGGCCACCAUUGUUUACAUCUUCUUUCAGAAUAAAUACCGUGAAAACAACCGGGGACCGCUUAUUGACUUUGUGGUGACGGUGGUGUUCUCCUUCAUGUGGCUGGUCAGCUCCUCCGCCUGGGCCAAGGCUCUGUCUGAAGUUAAACUGGCAACUGAUCCUGAUGAGGUGCAGCUCCUCAUCUCUGCCUGUAAACUCCAGACCAACAAGUGCGGCUCCAUUCAGGGACCACGCUGGUCUGGUCUCAACACCUCAGUGGCUUUUGGUUUUCUCAACUUUGUUCUUUGGGCUGGCAACAUCUGGUUCGUCUUUAAGGAGACCGGUUGGCACAAGGGGGGCUCAAGGUUUGCAGGCGGGGCGUCUGAGAAACAAGCCGGCACCUUUAACCAGCAACCGUACAACCAGGGAAGCUUUGAGCAGUCAGGGAGCUACAACUCCCAGGGAAACCUUGGCCAGGUGUCUGAUUACAGCCAGGUGGGAGGGCCAACCUCUUAUUCCAAUCAAAUGUAGCCAUGCCUUUUUGUGUCAGUGCAAAAAUACAGCACUCCUGCAUUCCAAUCAGGGAGGGGUGAGGACAAAGAGUGUUAUGUAUUAAUUUUUAUCCUCUGAGCAGUUUCUUUGUUUUUUCUGUGAAAUAAGGAAAAUAAUGGUUUUUAAAAAGGUAUCAGAUGUGUUGUAGAUACAGGCAUUUCUGGGUAUUGUAAAAAAUAGUUCUUUUACUCCUUCUUUGUCUGAUGUGUCGUUUGCUAAAUGUUGUGUUUCUUGUUAUUUGAAACCUCGUGCUUAGUAAUAGACAUUCACUGGGUGUCUUUUUCAAACUGGUUUUCUGGUUGUGGAGGGAAAAAGUGCUUAAUGUUUGUAUAAAGUUUCUACAAUGGUGAUGACCAAGUGCAUGAUGUUGUAUGUGUGCUCUCUCUGUGAAGAUUCUUAAAGAAAUGCAUUUUAUCUCAGAAAGUUUACAACAUUCACACUGCCCUGACUCAAUAUUGAAAAGUUCUUUAUAACAGUGUGUGUGUUAUUUUUCUGUUUAAGAACUAUAUUUUAAAGAUGAGUAUUUAUAAUACAUAAACUGAUUUUGUCUCAUAUGUUAAUCAAACACAUAUCAUCUCACUCCAAAUAUUGGUCAUGUCAAAAUUCUAUGAAAUUAGAGCAAUAACUACAUACUACGUAACACUUUCCACUGUUUGUUCAGGUAAAGAAAAGCACUCAAACAUUGCAGCAUGUUUCUGUGUCCAUGGUUUAUGUGUAUCUGCACAGAUGUGAUCAUUUUUAUAUGAGUCAUGUUUAGAGGGGGUGGUUUCCCUCAUUGUUUACACUGCUACAAAUAACUGUGACUGUUUUCUAUACUAUACACACUGGGAAAUUCUAAAGUUAUGUUUUACCUCUGUUAAGCAUGUUCAAGGUAUCCAUUUAUAAUGUCAAAGCCCAGCAAAAAAGCACAUCAGCUCCACAGUGAUGUUAUAUAAAAAGUGAAUAGUGGACUUGUGUGUGAGCAUUUUUAUUUAAAAAAGGGGUUUGUUUAUAAAAGAAAUGGUGCAAUCCAUGUUUAAUGUUUAAAGAAUAAGAUUUGUUUGUCUGUUUGUUUGUUUACACUACUAUCACUAGUGCAACCCUGUUUCUUUUUCAACUCCUGUGCAUGUAGCUUGCAUGGGUUUAGAGCAGAUCGAACAACCAUGUUAUGUAUAAAAGUGUGAAAUCGAUGAUAGGCCUUCAUGUUAAUAAAGAUUCAU